AUGAAUAUUCUGGUAUUUAUAGACGUGUUGAACAGGGGCCGGUUGGAGGAGUCCGAUCAGGAAGAUGAGCACGACGCGACAAUGCUGCGGAUUGUCGACUGGACGGUUCGGCGGUGGCGGGACCUCCACCCGGGCGUGCUCUGGGCGUCGCUGAUGCUGCGCUUGAUGCGAUGGGGGAGUUUCUGCCUUGGUUCCACGUUUUAA